GCCGUCAGUCAGGUGAGUGAUCUUCAUCGGGCAUCGGGUUUCCUUAUUAGCCGGACUGAAAAAUUCUCUCUUUCUUCCCAUUUUCAGUCAUUGAUCGCCUUCGCAUAAAUCUCCAUUUCUCUUUCCGCCAUUUUCACUCUCAUCUCAUCUCUCCGUCCCUUUAAUCUCUUCUCUUCGUCUUCAACAAUUUCAAUUCUCCUCUGUAAAUCCCAUUUCUCCUCCCCCAUUUUCUCUGCUCCGAUUCAAUCACACGCUCUGUUCAGGCCGAUCACGAUUUCUAGGGUUUCUACUUGAAGUUUAACGGCCACAGAGCCCUAGUUUCCACGCCCUCGCGCUCGCAUUUGCAUCAACAUUGUUUGCAUUAUUGUCGUCCCCAAUCGGUUACGUUUUUGUUUUGUUUUUUUUUUUCUUUUCUUUCUCGCAUUCUUCGUAAACUCAGAACAUUUGGUUCGAGUAUGGGUAUUGGUGUUAUUAGGCUUGUGUAAUUAGGCUGGAGGUGGGUUUGAAUGGGCGUGGUGAAAGCUUGGAGGUUUAGCUUGAUAUCAGGGAACCUGGCUCUGUUACAGCCGCAGGAUAGUGGGAAAGGUUAUGCUGUUAGUAGCAAGAAUGUACUGUCGAGAUCAACGUCGGCGCAGAGGAAGGCGACGUUUUCAUGGUCGAUGUUGUGUGGUUUGAUGCUCUUUGCGUUAGGUUUAAUUUCGUUGUUUACGGGUCAUGUUGCUUCUGAUCUUGAAUGGUACUCUCAGCACUUAGUCAACCAGAGGCUCUACUCGGCGCUGGAGGGAGCUCGUCAUAGGCCGAUCAAUAUCUGGGAGUCUAAGCUUUCGAAGAACUAUUAUGGAUGCAGCAAAAGAAGCCCACGUUUUGGUUCUGCUGUUAGUGAGAAGUCUUCGAAUGGCUACUUGCUUAUCGCUACGAGUGGAGGCUUGAAUCAGCAGAGAACAGGAAUAACAGAUGCUGUGGCAGUUGCACGGAUCCUUAAUGCUACACUUGUGGUACCUGAAUUAGAUCAUCAUUCCUAUUGGAAGGACGAUAGUGACUUUGUCAACAUUUUUGAUGUUGGUCUGUUCAUUUCCUCCCUCUCAAACGAUGUGACUAUUGUGAAAAGAGUUCCCGAUAAAGUCAUGCGUGCCAUGGAGAAACCUCCCUAUACUAUGCGUGUCCCUAGAAAGUCAGAGCCUGAAUACUAUCUUGAUCAAGUUUUGCCUAUACUUUUAAGGAGACGUGUUGUCCAGUUGACAAAGUUUGAUUAUAGACUUUCAAAUAUGCUUGAUGAAGAGCUACAGAAGUUGCGUUGUCGGGCUAAUUAUCAUGCUUUGAGAUUCGUAAAACCUAUAGAAGAUCUCGGUCACAGACUUGUGAAGAGAAUGAGAAAUAUGGCAAAACGUUACAUUGCCAUUCACUUGAGGUUUGAGCCUGAUAUGCUAGCCUUUUCUGGAUGUUACUAUGGUGGAGGUGAAAAGGAAAGGCAUGAACUGGGUGAAAUAAGGAAGCGAUGGGCAACACUACCUGAUGUAAGUGAAGAGGAAGAAAGGAAGAGAGGGAAAUGCCCACUUACUCCCUAUGAAGUGGGUCUGAUGCUACGUGCACUUGGUUUUAGAAAUGAUAGUUAUAUUUAUGUUGCAUCUGGUGAAAUCUAUGGUGGAGAAGAAACUCUGAAGCCUCUUAGGGAACUUUUCCCAAAUUUCUAUACCAAGGAGAUGCUUGCUGAUGCAGAGCUGAAACCCUUUCUUCCAUUCUCUUCCCGUCUUGCUGCCAUCGACUACAUUGUAUGCAAUGAGAGCAACGUAUUUGUCACUAACAAUAAUGGGAACAUGGCCAAGAUUCUUGCUGGUGAAAGGAGGUAUUCAGGUCAUAGAAGGACCAUUAGGCCAAAUGCAAAAAGACUCAGUGCUUUGUUCAUGGAAAGGAACAAGAUGGAUUGGAAUACAUUCGCCAGAAAGGUAAAAUCUUGCCAACGAGGGUUCAUGGGUGAGCCUGAUGACUUGAAACGGGGUAAAGAAUUUCAUGAAUUUCCCGACUCCUGUAUUUGUGAGAAACCCGUCACUGAAAAAGUAAACGAAGAUGAUGAAGGUAAUCACCUCGAUUUUCCAUUGAUAAAUAGGCAAGGAGUAGUGGAAAAGAGAAACUUGAUGGAGUUCAUUUAGUUUCCACGGCAUUAGAGAGAAUUUUUGUCCCCUUUAUGGAGAGGAAGAAAAUGCAUAGACGAUAAGAUGAGAAGAGUAUCUCUAUGAGGCAAUUUUCAUGAAGUCUGCCCUAUCGUUUUCGCGCCACGGUAUAGGAAGUUCGAUCAAGCCUAUCUUCUUCAUCCAUGGUACAGGAAGUUCGAUCAAUUGUUCAUAACUUAGUCUUUUCUCUGUCAAAGAGUAUAUAGAUAUGUAGUUCUGUCCAAAACCUUCUGCUGCUGCUCUAGUCUUUUUAUGCGCAAGCUAACAUACCCCCGCCCCCUCCUGAUUUAUUUUAUUAGUUUGUGGAACUAUGAUAUAUGAACUGAACCUAUGUGGCACUACAACUGGAAACAGUUUGACUCGACAGCAUGCUCGAUACACAGCCGAAUUGUGGCCAGCGUUACUGACUUCAUAUGAUUGAACAUGUCAGACAUUUGUGAGCCUAAGGUAAUAUUGUUAUUUUUUGUCAUUGUUUUUCAUCUAUUGCAAUUUCAGAGAACUUUUGUUUGCAAGCAAACAUAAUGGAUCAUUUUAGUAUGCUCUGCAAGUUUUCCA